CGACAAAGAUCGCGAUCUUUCGAUCUUUGGGGUCGCCUUCACCAUCUGUCGCAGAUGGCAGCUGCAUCCAUUUAAAAGCUGUUCUAAAGGAAGAAAGAAAAUAAAUACUAAAUAGAUACGUCCUUCCAUCGCUCUGCAACCAACACAUCCAACGACAUUGCACUAAAGACAGGCAUCGAAAGCUACGGUACAUCAUUUGUGGUUAUCUUUCUGCCUUUGUCGAUCCCGAAUCGUUACUCGUCUUGCCGCAUCGUCUAUCUUGUUGCCACUCAUCAGUUAGUUCACUACAAAAUGUCCCGCCGUAGUAGACGCAGUGCAGCCCCGGCAUUCCCCGCCCUUUCGGAGGGUAUCCAGAAUGGAUUGCGUCGUCUCGUCCAAGACAAUGCCGAAACGGUCGCCAAAAUGCUGGAUACCACGGAGGAAGAUGAUACAGAUGCCUUGUGCGAAAAGUGCGCGCAAGUCAUGAAGCAACAGCAAUUGUCCGCCAGUUCCUUUAUGGCCCGAUUUUUCGAUACCACAUUGCUGGCCACUCAAGCCGAGCUUUACCAAAAAUCAAGCAAGGGAUCGGCCGCUAGUUUGGCCGAUCGGAUUGCCAUGGCGUGGGGACAACGACGAGAACCAAAAGAGGCAACACCAAAAGAAAAAUCAUCGCCGUCCAAACGCAAACGCGGCAAGGCUGGCGGCUCGAAAGACGACGACGCGAACAGUGACAAGGAUGAGGGCAGUGAAAAGGAGGAUGAAGCGGCAACCAAAUCCAAGAAAAAGUCCAAGAACGAUGAGGGCAGUGAAGAUAAAGGGGCAACCAAAUCCAAGAAGAAAGCAAAGAAGAAUGAGGGCAGUGAAGAUGAAGGGGCAACCAAAGCCAAGAAAAAGUCCAAGAAUAAUGAGGACAGUGAAGAUGAAGGGGUAACCAAAUCCAAGAAAAAGUCAAAGAACGAUGAGGGCAGUGAGGAUGAAGGGGCAACCANNNGAAGGGGCAACCAAAGCCAAGAAAAAGUCCAAGAACGAUGA